CCAGAAAUAUGAAUGCGUAGUGAUAUACCUCAUAUUACUUAGAAGCUUACGUUGUCUGAGUACCACCCUUCCUUUCGAAACGUGAACGUUAGUGAUAUUCUCAGUGAAGUUAUUUCAAUUCAAACAUGGCCUCUGGUGUAACAGUGUCAACAGAAUCCAAGACUGCUUUUGAUGAAGUAAAGAAGGCCAAGAAAUUUAGGUACAUUAUUUACUACAUCAAAGAUGAAAAAACUAUUGAUGUCGAGGCAAAAGGUGAAAGAGAUACAACUUAUGAAAACUUCCUAUCAACUCUUGAUCAGUACAAGACAGAAUGUCGCUAUUGUGUAUUCGAUUUUCCUGUUAGUGUGGCUGUGGAAGGAAGUGAAAAAAAGCCUGAUAUGACAGUAGACAGAUUAGUGCUAAUGUCCUGGUGCCCAGAUUCAUCUCCAGUGAAACAGAAGAUGUUGUACUCCUCUAGUUUUGAUGCUCUCAAGAAAGCACUUGUAGGAGUCUACAAGUAUAUACAAGCUUGCGACUUUGAGGAAGUAGCUGAAGAGGCAAUAAAUGAAUCACUGAAGAAAGGUGGAAAGUAAAGUAAGAUUCCUCAGUCUUCUGAUUGUCACCUUUGUAACAUUUAAUUUUGCAAAAUGUGGACAGGAUUCUGUUUAACUCCAAAGUUGAGUGCAGAGUUCAAAUCAUGUGCUCCAAAUACCAUUUGAUUCAUAUCAAUUGUUUUUUGUUUUGUUUUUUCCAAAAACUUGUGUGAUUACUAAGACUUGUAGAUCUUUUGUGAAUGUUUGUGCUGUAAAAUAUUUCUAUGUUUACUUUUUCUUUAAAUUGAAGUGUUGAUCACAGGUACUGGAUUAGAAUUUAUCAGCUUGUCAUGUGGAUAUAUUAGUAAUUGAAAACUAGCAAAGCAAAUGUAAAGUUCUAGAUCAUUGGAUUUUUUUGUUGUUUCUAAACAUGUAUUUCUAUUUUGUCAAAAGUAAUUUAAUAUAUGUAUAAUUUAGUUUCUUUAUAUUUUCACUGAAAACCUUUUCACAUGCUAAAUUUGAUAAGUAUGUUAUAUGGUAAGCUUUAAGUAAUGCUUUUGCUUCAGAAAUAUCUUUCAACAAAAAUCUUUUACCAGGAAUAAUCUUGACGGUUAAGACUAAAUCGAAUGGCACAUGUAAUUCACCAGGUAAAUUAUGCCAAUAAAUAUUCAAAAUAUCAAA